AACCUCAGCGUAGGGGCCCGAGAGCCCUCCGCCCGGAAGGCUAUGGGGGUGGCUACUGCGACGGCCCUGUUGGCCGCACUGGGCGGGGCACUGUGGCUGGCGGCCCGGCGGUUCGUGGGCUCCAGGGUCCACCGGCUGCACGGUGGCGGGGACCCCGGCCUCAUGCACGGGAAGACGGUGUUGAUCACCGGGGCUAACAGCGGCCUGGGCCGCGCCACGGCGGCCGAGCUGCUGCGCUUGGGGGCGCGGGUGAUCAUGGGCUGCCGGGACCGCGCGCGCGCCGAGGAGGCGGCCAGCCAGCUCCGCCGCGAGCUCUGCGAGGCCGAGGGUCCCGGGCCGAGCCCCGAUGUCGGCGGAGCGGGCGAGCUGGUCGUCAAGGAGUUGGACCUCGCUUCGCUGCGCUCGGUGCGCACUUUCUGCCAGGAGCUGCUCCAGGAAGAGCCUAGACUGGACGUCUUGAUCAACAAUGCCGGUGUCUUCCAGUGCCCUUACACCAAGACCGAGGAUGGGUUUGAGAUGCAGUUCGGGGUGAACCACCUGGGGCACUUCCUGCUCACCAGCCUGCUCCUGGGACUCCUCAAGAGUUCAGCUCCCAGCAGGAUUGUGGUCGUUUCUUCUAAACUUUAUAAAUAUGGAGAAAUCAACUUUGAAGACUUGAACAGUGAGCAGAGCUACAAUAAAAGCUUCUGUUAUAGCCGGAGCAAACUGGCUAACAUUCUUUUUACCAGAGAAUUAGCUCGCCGCUUAGAAGGCACAAACGUUACUGUCAACGUAUUGCAUCCCGGCAUCGUGCGGACUAAUCUGGGGAGGCACAUUCACAUUCCACUGCUGGUGAAACCACUUUUCAAUUUGGUGUCAUGGGCUUUCUUCAAAACGCCACUAGAAGGUGCCCAGACUUCCAUCUACUUAGCCUCUUCACCAGAGGUGGAAGGUGUGUCAGGAAGAUACUUUGGGGAUUGUAAGGAGGAAGAACUGUUGCCCAAAGCGAUGGAUGACUCUGUAGCAAGAAAACUCUGGGAUAUCAGUGAAGUGAUGGUUGGCAUAUUAAAAUAGGAACAAGGAGUGAAAGAGCUGUUUAUGAAAUAUAUCAGUUAUAUCUGUGAUCAGGAAUGGUGUGGCUUGAGCUCUUGCUACUUGGGAAAACAAUUUUGGUUUACAAUAGUACUGCUAAGAAAAUACAUGGGAAUAUUUUCAAGGUACUGAAAAGGUUAUUUUCGGGUAUCAAAUUUUGAGCAAACACGUUUUAAAUGUAUGAGUAUAAUGAAUGCAAUUAUAUUUUAAAAAUUAUAAUUGGACAAGCAGAUUUUACAACUGCUUAAGAAUUGGUUACUUAAAAUAGCUAUCUUAAGAUGUAUUUCAAAUAUCUUUGUGCUUCAUGGCUAAAGAGUUAAAAGUGUUCACUACUAUGGCUUUUGUGUGGCAAUAAUAUGCCCGGUGUGUACACAUAAAUAAACUUACUGAUGCAGA